CUGCGCUAACGGUCGCGCGGCCUUCCUCGCGCGACGGUAGUCGAGCUGUUGGGUUGUGGGCCGAACGCGCUGUGGAGAAGCGGCCAGGCGGGGCCUGUGUGUGGUGGACCGCUGUCCAGGUGCGAGGAGCGGCUAAGCGAGCGCUCCAGGGAGAAGCCGGCGCGGACGCCUGAGGUAAAAGAAUGGCUAACUCCAUUGCAUCAAAGAACUUUACUGCACUUUCAGACCUGCAUCCAAAUAUGGCUAAUCUGAAAAUAAUCGGCAUAGUUAUUGGAAAAACAGAUGUCAAAGGCUUUCCAGACAGAAAAAAUAUUGGAUCAGAAAGGUACACUUUCAGUUUCACCAUUCGUGAUUCAACAACCCAUUUUGUAAAUGCAACAUCGUGGGGCAAGGAAGAUUACAUCAGAUCACUUUCUGAUGGCUUUCGUGUUGGCGAGUGCGUGAUAAUUGAAAAUCCCCUGAUCCAAAGAAAGGAAUUAGAAAGAGAAGAAAAGUUCAGCCCUGCAACUCCUAGCGAUUAUAAGCUAUUGCUCAGUGAGAAUCACUCAAUGGUAAAAGUUUGUUCCAGUUAUGAAGUGGAUGCGAAGCUACUUUCUUUGAUAUACUUACCUGUUAAAGAGUCUUGUGAUUAUUAUUCAUUGGGUGACAUUGUUGCAAACGGACACAGUCUUGAUGGGAGAAUUAUUAAUGUCCUUGCAGCUGUGAGGUCGGUUGGAGAGCCAAAAUACUUUACAACUUCAGACCGAAGAAAAGGCCAGAGGUGUGAAGUUAAACUCUAUGAUGAGACAGAGUCUUCUUUUGCAAUGAUAUGUUGGGAUAAUGAAUCUAUUCUACUUGCACAGAGCUGGGUGCCACGAGAAACAGUAAUAUUUGCCUCAGAUGUAAGAAUAAGUUUUGACAAAUUUCGGAACUGCAUGACAGCAACUGUAAUCUCAAAAACCAUUAUUACAACUAAUCCAGAUACACCAGAAGCUAACAUCCUAUUGAAUUUUAUAAGAGAAAAUAAAGAAACGAAUCCUCUGGAUGAUGAAAUUGACAGUUAUUUGAAAGAAUCCACAAAUUUAAAUACAAUAGUUGAUGUCUAUACAGUUGAACAAUUAAAGGUAAAAGCUUUGAAGAAUGAAGGAAAAGCUGAUCCUAUCUAUGGAAUUCUUUAUGCUUACAUUUCUACACUGAACAUUGAUGAUGAAACUACAAAAGUAGUUCGAAAUAGAUGUUCAGGCUGUGGUUACGUUGUAAAUGAAGCAUCCAGCACUUGUACAACUUGCAACAAAGAUUCUUCAGAAUUUAAAUCAGUUUUUCGCAGCUUCCAUAUGCUAAUUGAUCUUACUGAUCACACAGGUACCCUCCAUUCCUGUAGUCUCACAGGAAGUGUUGCUGAGGAGACUUUGGGCUUCACGGUAAAUGAGUUUCUUGCAAUGACGGAUGAACAGAAAACAGCAUUAAAGUGGCAAUUUCUUUUGGAAAGAAGCAAAAUUUAUUUAAAAUUUUUUUUAUCUCACAGAGCAAGGGGUGGACUGAGAGUGAGUGUGCUCUCCUGUAAGCUCGCAGAUCCUAUCGAGGCAAGUAGGAACUUGUCUGGACAAGGAAAUAUUUAAAAACCAGACGUCAUUUUAAACUCUGGAAAAGAAUACGAGUUUUAACCGCCUUUAAAGUGGAAAACGAGUUUGAAAAUUACAGAUAAAAUUGUAUUUUGUUCAAAUGUGGUGAGAAUGUUUCUGUAAAUUGUUAUUCUGUUUCCCCCUGGAGUCCGUUAAGAGUAAAUCCUAAAAUCUCCCUCUUAUUCAAGUUCAUUUCUUAGAAGGCCUUUUCUACUGGCUUUGCCCUCUCUCUUCCCAAGUUGGAAAGUGUUUGCAUGAAUUAAUAAACAAGUUUAAUCUUUCCCACAGA